AAGCGGGAGCAAACACAUGUUGAUCCAUAGUCAGAGCCCUCAUACAGUAAAGGAAUGAAAUUAUGCUUGAGCGCGACUAUGAGGCAGGACAAACAGAGACACGCGCUGUGAACAUUUUUGGAGAACACGCUGCUUCGCGCGGAGCUGUCCAAGGUGGGGUAGGAUGAUGGGAUGAAGCACCUGUUGCUAUGCCAAUAUCUACAAACGAGAACGUGGAUGCGAUCAAUCCAUCUCAGCUUGGAAUACUGCAAAUUGGCUAUAUAAAUUUGACCUGCGUAAGCUCAUUGAGAGCUAUUUUAUGCAAAUUAUAUGGAAAGUUCUUCAGUGUUAAACACUCACCAUGGCUGGAUGUCGGAUGCAUUGAUGUUAAGGUCUAAAUAUCAGUUUAAUCUGGAAGCCAUUACACUUUGGUCAAUGAUUCACGAGCCUAGUCCCCACGAGUGCCCAUUUUAAUUCAACACCGUGAUAUGGACAUGGAAAAAGUCAGUUGUGUAAACGAAAUGCAACGAGGUGCUGGGAGAGACGCUCGCGCUGCAGGGUUCGCGGCUCGCUGAUCUCCUGGCACACUUCACGCGCGUCAAUGACGUUGACUCCUUGGUCAAGGCUGGCAAGGCUCGGCCUGCUGACUGCGUGUCUUUAUUCAUGGCUGGCGGUUGACGGAUGCGGGCCGGGUCCCGGUUACGGCAGUCGCCCUAGGCAACGCAAGUUAACUCCAAUGUCUUACAAGCAGUACGUGCCCGGUGUCUCUGAGAACAACCUGGGAGCGAGCGGAAGAGCGGAGGGCAGGAUAACGAGGGAUUCGGAAGGCUUCAAUAAGCUCGUGUGCAACUACAACCCUGACAUUGUCUUCAAAGACGAGGAACAUACCAAAGCCGACCGGUUAAUGACCAAGCGCUGUAAGGACUGCCUCAAUAAACUGGCAAUAGCAGUAAUGAACCAAUGGUUUGGGGUCCGACUGCGAGUGACAGAGGCCUGGGAUGAGGACGGCCAUCACCCUGAUGGUUCUUUACAUUAUGAGGGCCGUGCUGUCGACAUCACCACCUCAGACCGAGACACAGAUAAAUAUGGACUACUUGCCCAGUUGGCAGUUGAGGCUGGAUUUGACUGGGUGCACUAUGAAUCCAGGUAUCAUGUACACUGCUCAGUCAAAGCCGAUCACUCUGUAGCCGUGGAGAAAGGUGGCUGCUUUUCAGGAUUGGGACUUGUGACAAUGGCCGAUGGUGUUCAAAAGCCUAUUUCGAGUUUGUGGCCUGGGGAACAGGUGCUUUCCUUGUCUGGGUCAGGUGAAAUUGUUCUCAGUCGGGUACUUCUCUUUCUACAUUUGAAUAGAGAGAGCAGAGCCACUUUCUUUAUUUUUGGCACCGAAAAUGGUAAACAAAUGGCACUAACUCCCAAUCACCUCAUCUUUGCGGCUCACAAUCUCGAACUGCACCACCAUGAGUAUGAAGCUAUUUUUGCCAAAGAAGUUAGGAUUGGGGACUAUAUACUUACUACUGGAGACAAUAGAGGAAUUCAGCCAUCUAAAGUGGUCUCGAUUUCACUGGAGGAGAGGAUGGGGGUUUAUGCUCCUUUGACAGAACAUGGGAACUUAUUUGUGGAUGGCGUGCUGGUAUCCAACUACGCUUCUGUUGAAGAUCACAGACUCGCACACUGGGCGUUUUGGCCUGUCCGUGUCCUGUUUGGCUUUUUCCAGACAGAAAUGGAAGAAAACUUACAAAGAGUGGGGGUUAAAGGUAGUGCCAUGAUCCCUAAUAUCUGUUCCACAAAUCAGACCUUCCUUACAAAUGUGAUGCACAACAGUUCUUCCAGCACAUGCAGCAAAUUCCAAGAUGCCAAAGUGGAAAUGGAAAAUGAACACAGUUUUUUGCAGCAAAAGGAGGUUUACUGGUAUGCAAGGCUUUUGCACACAUUAGGACGGAUAUUUCUUGACCCUCAGAAGUUUUACUGAUGGUUAAGACACAGAAUAUGCAAACAUAAUAUAAAACUGAUUUUUGAACUGACCAAAAAAAAGAAAAUGCAUUAGGCACUAUAACUGGUAUAAUUACUCACCACAUAACAUCCAGUUACAAUUACUUUAUUAAUUGAGAAUAUGUAAAUGUGUUGCCGUUAUACAUAUACUGUAUGUGAAAUAUUCAGUGUAACUUAAAAAAAAUCAUAUUUUUCAGAUAAUACUUGUCAUAUUGAAUAAUCACCAUAUGGACAAUAACGGGAUUUGAAAUGUAAACUUGUAUUUUUAUGUUUGUUUUACAAGAAGAUAUUUCAAAGAGUAAUAAAUAUUUAUUUUUAUA